CGCAGAACCAAAACAAGAAAAUGGAGGCUGUGCCUCGGAUGCCGAUGCUGUCUUUCGAACUUAAACAGUGUCCAGAAUAUGUUGAUUUUGGUCCAGUCUUAAAGCAGUACAUAAAGAACAACUAUGGAGAAGAUCCAGCUCAUUAUAACAAAGCUUGUAGUGAUCUAGAACAGCUUAGACAGAGUGCUGUUCAUGUGUCACAUGAUUUCAUGGGAUGUAGUACAUUAAAGAAGUACUAUGCCCAGUUACAAUUCUUACAAGGGAGGUUCCCCAUGGGGGAAGAAGGAGAAUGUGGUAUAAAUUUUACCUGGGAGGAUGUUUUCCUGGGAAGAGAAGUAACAAUCCCGGAUGUAAAGUUUGAACAGGCCUGUAUCCUAUAUAACAUAGGAGCUUUACAUUCUAUACUGGGUAGUAUAGAAACCAGGCAGAGUGCUGAUGGGAUGAAGGUAUCCUGUACCCACUUCCAGUGUGCUGCUUGGGCAUUUGAAUAUUUACGUGACCAUUUUGGAUCGUCGAACCUUAGCGUUGAUAUGUCACAUGAAGUCUUAACAUUCCAAGUUCAUUUGAUGCUGGCACAAGCACAGGAAUGUAUUUUAGAGAAGUCAAUGAUAGAUAGUAGAAAGAACACUAUCACUGCUAAAGUCUCAGCACAAGUUGUGGAAUUCUACAGAACUGUGAUCAAAUCACUUCAGACAGAAAAUAUGGAUGCCAUCUUAGGCUCACGCAAGUAUAAGGACUGGAAAAAGAGAGCAGAACUGAAGAUUUUAUUUUACGAAGUUAUCACAAAUUAUUACAUGGGGAGAAAUUCUGAAGAACAGGAAAAGUUUGGAGAAUGUGUGGCUUACUAUACACUAUCCUAUGAUAAACUGAAGGAAGCUAUUAAAAUGGCUAAGAGUGAGUCAUCUGAUAUCCAAGAGUCUUUGAGAUUUACAAAUGAUGUUGUUGGUGGCAAGUUCCAGUCUGCAAAGAAAGACAAUGAUUAUGUAUACCAUGAAAAAAUUCCUGCAGGAGACACACUUCCAGAGGUUAAAGGUGCAUCAUUGGUAAAAGGUAUACCAUUCAACUGGAAUGAUCCUGAAGUAUCUGGAACUGAUAUAUUCCAGAAACUGGUUCCCAUGUCUGCACAUGAAGCAUCUUCUAUGUACAGCGAAGAAAAGGCUAAGUUAAUGAGAACAGUUGGAGCAGAAAUAGAGGAGAAAAAUGUUGCUUUAUUGCAGUUCAUGUCAUCUUUGAACCUUGAUCCCUCUAAACUGAACUUUGAACCAGAGAGACUACCACAAGAUUUGCUUGAGAAGUGUGCUGCUGUUAGCGUUAGACCAAAUGCUAUAAAAGAUCUGGUGGAUGCCAUGGGAGCUGUAUCUAACACUGCUACAGAUGUUGAGCUGGCUAUACAGGAAAUAAAUGAUUUGAUUGAAAAUGAUAUAAAGGAAGAUGAAGAGUUUCAGAAACAGUUUGGGAAAAGGUCUCAGAAUCCUAUGCUUCCUGAAAUAAAGAAAGACUGUGACCGGUUCCAGGAAGGUCACAAAAAAGGGAACCAGUCAAAUGUUGAUCUACAUAAAGCAAUGAAUACACACAUUACCAAUCUAAAGCUUCUUGCUGGUCCCUUAGAAGAUAUCAAGAAUCACCUGCCUUCACUGGAAAGAGACAGAGAUCCAGAGUCAGAAGCUGUUGUUAAAGAGCUUCAAAGGUUACUUGAUAAAGUUGAUGAAAUGAAAAAUCAGAGAGCAAUGCUAGAGGAACAGUUUAGAAAGCAGGUCAAAGAGGAUGAUAUAACCAAUCAGAUUGUAGCACAGGAUGGUGGUAGUAAUACCAUGGUAAUGUUUGAAGAACAACUUAAAAAACAUGACACACAGAUAGGUUACAUCCACCAGAACUUAGAUGCUCAGGAUAACAUACUUAGAGCUUUAACUGAUGUUAAUGCCAGAUAUGCUACUACAAGGAGAGCCACAGCAGAUACAAUUACAAGGAGAGAAGCCACCAUAGAGGGACUUAAGAAUUCAUAUGAUGUUUAUGAAGAUUUAUUAGCGAAGUCACAGAAAGGUUUGGAUUUCUAUAAGAAGCUUGAAUCCAACAUCAACAGGUUGUUAGAACGAUGUAGAGGAAUUUGUAAACAGCAAGCUGAAGAACGACAACAGAUUAUAGACAGACUCAAACCUAAAGAACCACCUGUAAGACCUUCCACACAGAAACCAGCAGAAUCCACAUCAAUGCUCCAAGGUCCAGGCAGUGCCUUACCAUAUGGUCCUAAUGACUUUUCAGUUAGUCCAAGUGGAGUCUUGCCUGGUAGUACAUCUGGUCCAAUUGGUCCAAUGCCCGACUUGCAUGCAUCCCUGCCAGGGUUUGAAGGACCUAAAUUAAAAGAUUAUCUCCCUUUUAUGAAACCUAAAACAUUUGGAAAAGGCAGAGUGGCUACUGGAUCCCUUCCAAGUAGUUUGAUAUCAUCACCAGUUCAUCUUCCUCCUGGGCCGGAUAGUUUACCAUCUAGUCCAUUACAUGGCUUGAGUGAUGAAGAUAUUAGAAAACUGGGAAUUACAGAUCCCAAAGUUUUAGCCAUGAUAAGAGCUCAUUCUUUACCUCCUGUGACUGGGUCAACUCAACAGCCAUCAGGAAUUAGUGGUUACCAACAGCCACAAGGGGUUGGUGGGUACCAGCAGCCACCAGGGGGCCAUGGUUACCAGCAUCCAUCAGCAGGAGAAGCAGGUCAAACUGGAAGUUAUCCAUCUCCGUCACAAUCGCCAAGUUUACAUGGAGGAAUGCCGGGUACAGUGAGAUUUGAUAGAUCUACCAAACCAACUGCUUACUCACAAAAUCUUGGACCUCAUGGUAUGUCACAACCACAACAAAGAAUGGUCCAACCAAGUGUGCCACAGUCUACAACAGGAUAUAAUAUUGGUCAGCCACAAUCAGCAAUGUCACCAGGUAUGCCACAGAUGCAAGGUGGCUGUGGUCCAAAUGUCAGUUACCCCUCAACUAAUAAUUUACCACAGAUGCCACCUAGUACAUCAGCGGGUCAACAGACCCCAGGCCCAAAUCAAUCAUUUGCUAGUCAGGUUGCACCAAACCAGUCUAAUUACCAACCAACACAAGGGCAAUCUGUUUCCAAUCCAGGAUAUACUACAGGAAAUAUAGGACAGCAACAGGUUCAGACUGGACAAAGUGUACCUCAAACAAAUGUGGUGUCGUCAACAGUACAGCAGGGACCAACUAGUGGUGGGCAACAAUCAGGGGGACAAUUUGUACCUUCAGGACACCCAGCACAGUCAGGUAUGGCUCCACCAGGGUAUGGAAAUGCUUUACAAGAUAGAAUGAAUCAGAUACCAUCAUCUGGACAACAAAGUUUUAUGGCACAGACUAAUACAACUACUUACAACCAACCAUCUGCACAGAGGUCAUCACAGGGACAAGUUCCUUCAACACCAGGGAUUCCACCACAUCCACAGAAUGUUUCUCAACAGUCAACAUAUAAGCCUCAACAAACAAUGACCUCUCAGCCAAGUCAGAGUCAAGGGCAGAUAUAUCAGCAAGGUCAGAUGGGUCAAGGUCAAAACCAGCAAUCUCAAAACUAUCAAGGUAAUUUCCCUCCUCAAAGUCAAGGUCAGUUACCACAACAACAGAGUCAACAACAGUGGUUACCAACAGCAGUUCCUGGAACUAAUCAAUAUAUCCAAUCUGGACAGCAACCUCCCAUUCAACAUGUCCAGGAUCAAAGAUUUCAACAGCCAAUUGCUAGUCAACAACAAACCCCUGGCCAGCCAUCAGGACAGAGAUUUCAACAGCCAAAUGUUGGUCCACAGCAAAUGUUUCAGACAUCCCAAAGGUUUCCUCAGGCAAAUAUUAGUCAAGAACAACAGGUACAAAGAUUUCAGCAACCAAAUACAAGUCAACAACAAAAUCACUUUUAUGGACAGCAACCAAGUAUUCAACAAGGUCAAGGUGGUCCUCAAAGUUCAGCACAGUAUCUGCCUAAUCAAGGGCAAAAUACUCAAGUGACCUCUCAGACUCAGCCCCCACAGACACAGGUUCAACAACCAAAUACAAGUCAACAGCAAAAUCAAUAUUAUGGACAGCAACCCAGUAAUCAACAAGGUCAAGGUGGUCCUCAAAGUUCAGCGCAGUAUCCACAUAAUCAAGGGCAAAAUACUCGAGUGACUUCUCAGACUCCAUCCCCACAGACACAGGUUCAACAACCAAAUACAAGUCAACAGCAAAAUCAAUAUUAUGGACAGCAACCCAGUAAUCAACAAGGUCAAGGUGGUCCUCAAAGUUCAGUGCAGUAUCCACAUAAUCAAGGACAGAAUACUCGAGUGACCUCUCAGACUCCGCCCCCACAGACACAGGUUCAACAACCAAAUGUAAGUCAACAGCAAAAUCACUAUUAUGGACAGCAACCCAGUAAUCAACAAGGUCAAGGUGGGCCUGGAAGUUCAGUGCAGUAUCCACCAAAUCAAGGGCAAAAUACUCAAGUGACCUCUCAGACUCCGCCCCAACAGUCAAAGACGUCAUCUUCACAGCUAACUCAGUUCUCUCAGCAGCAAAGUAAUGCACAACAAUUUGGACAACAGCCACAAAACCAACAACAAACUAAACCACAACAGUUUGGACAACAGGCUUUGCAACAACCAUAUAAUGGAUAUGGGGGUCAGCAAACUACAACAUCUGGUAAUGCACCUGCACAGAUGAGUCAGGCUGGUCAAGGUCAAAUGCAAUAUAUGUCCAAUCAAUCUAGUCAAGGUUACUUAAGAGGUCAACCAGUUCAACCCAUGUCAGGACAACUGACACAACCACCAUCAAGUCAAGGUUUUGGCAGUCAACAGGGAAAUCAGUUGUUAGGACAACAGGUAGCACAAACUACCAAUAUAGCAAGUACAGGACAACAAAUACCAAGACAACAAGGACCACAAUUUCAUCAAGGUACACAGCCACAAAUGCCACAGACUCCAUCCACUUAUGGUGGAUUUGGCCAACAGCCCCAGUUACAACAAUCAAGUUCAUUGUCCCAAGUUCCUCAACAAAUUCCUGCAAUGCCACCAGGAAUGUCACAGCAGAGUGGAUUUAUACAACAAGGGCAAACUAUGACAACAAUCUCCAAUGUGAUACCACAAAAUAAAGGAAGCAUUCACCAACAACAAGGUCAGGCCAUGACUGCAGUGGCACAGUCAGGUCCACAACCUAUUGGGAAUAGCCAACAGCAAGGACAGAUACAGGUGCGUCAACAGCAAUAUCAUUCCUCAGUGCCACCGACCAGUAAUGUGCAAUUACAGCCGUCAGUAUCCAUGACUUCCCAGCACCAAGGGUAUCCCACAGUACAACAACAGACAACUAACCAACAGAUGCAGAGACCUCUCUCUGGACAGUCACAAAUGUCACAGCCAUUAAUGCAGAAAGGUACACCACAGCCAAGUUAUUCAUCAACAAUACAGCAAAUGAACCCACUUUCUCCACCAGAUAUCUUACCACAACCAAUCCUACCAAGCCCAAUGAAACCAGUAACAGAGAUCCAGUCAUCCUUUCAGGAAGUUACUAUGGAAACAAAAACGCCAUCCAUACAAGAUGUUACAGAACUAGAAACUACAUCGAAGAUGGAAUUUCAUACACGAGCUAGAGAAUCUCCAAUAAUACAAAGAAAACAGCCUGAAAAGUCACAUUCCAGAUCAAAUUCCAACACCAGCCAAUCAGAUUUCAAGUUGUUAUCAAGGAAACAUUCCUGUUCAUCCAUUGGUUCAUCUCUGGAUGAUAUUUUAUCAUCAAGUCCUGUAGAUUCUACCCAUGAACCACCUGACUCAGUUCUAACACCCAAAGUUCUUACAGCACAGGAAAUAGCACAGCAGAAAGAGGAUGCUAUAUUGAAAGGAACGCUUGGGAGACAGUUUUCUAAAGACCCAUAUCCAGAUUCAUCUAAAAUGGAUAAAUUUGUUGCAGAGACUGAAAAAUUAGCCAAGUUUGUUGAAAGUUUGGAUAAAGCUACUUGUUCUGGACCUUCACAUUUGGAUAUAGCUUGGAAGGAGGUGACAGAAGACUAUGAUAUCCAUGGUAAGAAGAACUCAAUGGCGAUUGGUCGAUGUUAUCCAAUGAAAAACAGAGAUCAGGAUGUUUUACCUUAUGAUAUGUCCAGGGUAUUACUGACACAACAUAAAGAUGAUUAUAUAAACGCUAGCUGGAUAAAUGAUUUGGCAGAAUCUUGUCCUAAAUUUAUUGCCACACAAGCUCCAUUGCACUCCACUAUGUUUGACUUCUGGUUAAUGGUAUAUGAACAGGGGUCAGAGGUCAUUGUUAUGCUGUCAAGUGAAGUGGAAAACAAAGACACAAAGAAAUUUCCUGAAUAUUGGCCACCAGAGAAAGGCAAAUUAACACACCAUGGUCCUAUUACAUUAACACUACAGAGCUUGAAAGACACACAAUUGUGGACAGAGAGAAUUAUCUAUCUACAACACCAACAGACAAAGACUGGGAGGACUAUAGUACAUCUACAGUACAAAAACUGGCCUGUCAGUGGGUUUCCAGAGAAGGUUCCUAGUGUGUUACAGUUUAUCAAUGAAGUCCAUAACUUCUACAGACAGCAGAGAAGUCUUCUAAAACCUGUCAUGGUUCACUGCAGUAAUGGUAUAGGAAGAACUGGUACCUUUCUGAUGAUUUAUACUGGAAUGCAAGAGAUAGAUCACGGUAAUGGUAUCAUCAACGUCCAGACUGUUGGUAAAAAGAUGUUACAACAACGUCGAUAUGUCAUCAGAGAGAAAAGCCAACUCAAAUUCUGUUACGGAGCUAUCUUGUACCAUGCUCAGGAUAUAUUGGCAAAACAAGGAAUAUUGGUUCGUAAAGCUUCAUUUGGAGACAAGCUUCCUCAUCCUGGAGAGAAGUCAUACCAGUGGACACCUACAGAUGAUGUCAUUUUUGGAGCAUGUAGUAUAAAUGAUCUUAAGAGCAAUGUUGAAAGACUUGGAUUACAUUUAGGUAUAUCAAACCAACAUUCUAGUCCAAAGAAAACUGUCACUCCAAAACAGGAAGUCUCCAGUGAGGAGGUGGAUAAGCAACAGAAACAUUUUUUACCUUCAAAGACAGAAGAUCAGAAAAUGGAGGGAACUUUAAUGAGCAGUUUACCUGAUGUUGUUCAAAGAACAGAUGCGGCUAGACAGAGUGUGGAUAGUGACCAAAAGUUGACUGGGUCCCUGUCUGGCUCUAAUGCAUCACUUUUAAGUGUUGGAUCAGAAUCGGAAAAGAUAACAGGUUCACCGAUACAUAAAAUAAGGUCUAGAGAAGGUUCUCCGAAACCCAGUUCUUUACAUGGAUCUCAUGAGGGAUCACCGAAAUUGCAGUCAUUGAUGGAUUUACAGAACCCAAGUUCAUUUACACUUGGCUCUGAUGGAGGAAAAAAGAAAAUAACAAAAGCUAGUUUUCUUGAAAAGACUUCAGGUUUAAGUGAUAAUUUGGAUUCAGAUGAUCCCUUUAGUUCGAUAGAUCCACUUUGGACAAUGAAAAAGUAAUAUUUGUAUUUUUUUUAUAUAGUUUUUUGUAGCAUGUAUUACAGUGUAAGUCUAUUUCUGUCAUUUCUGGAGGAUUUUUGCAAUAAAGUACAUUUUUCACUUUAUUUUAGGGUCGUCAAAUUGCGAUAAAAUUCAAUGCAUACCAACUUCUCGAAUCCUCUUAUGGGGAAAUUUAAGCACAAGAUGACCUACAAAAUAUGUAGUCUAAAUCUUACACAGUUUAUAAGUGUUUCAAUGAUUAUAUGGUUUUGAAUGAGUGUAUGUCUGUUUAGAAGCCAUUUAUAACUCCUCUGAAUGCUAUUUUUGAGGUACUGUGGAUUCGUUAUUGUUUGUUGGAUUCCAAAUUUCAUGGAUUUCAUGGCUAUAGGUAGACAACAAAUUUAAGUUCAACGAAGUAGGAAUUUUUUGUAGACUUGUCUGUAGAAACCAUGUAAUCAAAUAUCUUCGAAAAUGCAAUUAUUCAUCAAUCCACGAAAGUUGGUAUCCACGAAAAUAAAGGAAUCACAGUAUUCAGUUUAUAUAAUGAAGGAUUUAAGGAGUAAAGUCAACACCUCUCAUAGAGGAAAUCUCCCAUCAAAGUAAAGUCAACACCUCUCAUAGAGGAAAUCUCCUACCAAAGUAAAAACACCUCUCAUAGAGGAAAUCUCCUACCAAAGUAAAAACACCUCUCAUCCAGGAAAUCUCCUUUCAAAGUAAAGUUGUUUAGUUGACAAGAUGGGAUUUUGAUACCCUAUUAAAAUUAUUGCUGUCAAAUUAUAAAAUUAUGUUUAUAUUUUAGUAUAAAACAUUUGUUGCUAUUGUUCGUCAGUGAUAAUUAACAUUGAAAUAAGAUAAAUAUCUUUGCUUGCAUGCAAUUUGUGCAAUUGUCAUAUUUUUACUGUCAAAUGUUCAGACUUUAUCAUCUUUUGUGAUAAGAAUAUUGUAUUUUGGAAAUGUCUUUUGGGGCUUUAUUUGUUAUUAUGAAGUUUUUUAUUCAGACUGCAUAAUAUUUAAAAGAUGAAUACCAAGCAUUAUGUUAAGACUGUAUAAAUUAAUGCACAGUUUUAUCAGAGUUUACAAAAGUGCUGGACUGCAUAUUGCACAUUUGUGUACAGUUUUGUAAAUUUUUGCAUGCAUUUGUAACUGUGAUUUUCUUUACAAUGGAAAAAAUGCUGGAUGAAUUAUUCUGAUUUUAAGAAAUGUAGCAUACAAAUAAUGCUUUCAAGGUUAUUUUUGCAGAAUCUAUCCUGUUGCAAUUUUUCCAUUAAUGAAAUCAUUGCAAACAUUUCUGAAUUUACAGUAUUUAUUGACGGCAAAUAUAUUUAUUUACAACAUACAUAUUUAAGUGUUUACAGAAAACAUUAGAAUUAAGUUCAUGAAGUUAGCUGUUUUGCUAGAUGGACCAUGAAAUUUUGAAAUUUACUUUGAAAGAACAACAAUUGCUAUAAUUAUCUAAUCAAAUCAUGGGAAUGGUAAAAAAGGAUAUCAGACUGAAUACCCUGUUUCUGAUUUUACAACCAGGCUAAUAGAGAAUGCAUGGUUUACAUGACAAACUUCCAAUUGACAGUUUGAUUUUAUGCAUGAAGUGCAUGUAUGUACACACUCAAAAGUUUAGCUAUAAUAUAUAAAAAUAUCUACCUUCAAUAUUUAUGAACUUUUUACACAUAAUCAGAGGGCAUUAUAGUGUGAAUUUAAUGAUCUUUUUUUUAUUUCCUUCAUGUUUUGACUGUAUAAGUGUACAAGAAUAAGCACAUUACAUUGAUGAUAUAAACUAGACAGUCCCAAAACUUAGUGAUUUAAUUUUACUGGUCGAGCUUCUCAGAGGUCUUUUUAUGAUUGAAUUAUUUUGAAUUAUUAUUCAUAAACAAUUAUUUUUUUGCAUCAAGUCAACUAUAUCAAACUGGAUUUUUCAAAGUGUUAGGAGGAAUUUCAGGAUAAGUGAAAACAGAUAAACUUAUACACACAAAUUUAUAAAAAAAAAAUGUGAAUUGUGAAUUUAUAUUUUAUUUCUGAAAUGCUAAGGCACAAAAUUAUGUUUUUUUUUUUUAAUCAUGAAAAAAGAUUAACAGGAACCAAGGAGCCAAGUUUGUGGUUACUAAAUUCCGGACUUGACACAUAAAUUUUAGUUGAAAAUAUCCAUAGUGCUUAUGUUUAAUUUUUGUGGCAGGUUGGACCCCUAGCUGCAAAAUGUCAGUAGUUUUCCUUGUAAAAAUUUGAUGAGGUAAUAUUCUUUUUAAUUUUUUAAAACAUAUCAUUUGGGGUGUAUGCCUUGAGGCAACAUCUGAUGAAAUAAUAUGAUAUAGAUCAUGGCAUUGAAUGUAGAAUAUGAAGAAAGAGAUUGUUAUAAAUAAUUGAAUUCAAAGAACUAUUUGUUUAUUUUUAUACGACCGCAAAAAUUAAAAAAAUUUUGGUCGUAUAUUGGUAUGAUGUUGGCGUCGUCGUCGUUGUCGUCCGGCGUCGGCGUCAUCUGAAGACACAUUGGUUUUUCGCACUCUAACUUUAGUUUAAGUGAAUGGAUCUCUAUGAAAUUUUACCAUAAGGUUCAAUACCACAAAAGGAAGGUUGGGAUUGAUUUUGGGGGUUAUGGUACCAACAGUUAAGGAAUAAGGGGCCAAAAAUAAGCAUUUUUGUAACUUCCAGACAUAACUUGUGUAUUAGUGUAUGGAUCUUUCUGAAAUUGUACUACAAGGUUCCAUAUCACAAAGGGAAAGCUGGAAUUGAGUUUGGGGGUAAUUGCCCAAAACGUUUAGGAAUAAGGGGCCAAAAAGGGGCCAAAAAUAAGCAUUUUUCUAGUUUCCAGACAAUAACUUGUGUUCAAGUGCUCUGAAAUUGUACUGCAAGGUACCAUACGACAAAGGGAAGGCUGGGAUUGAUUUUGGGGGUAAUUGCCUCAAAAUUUUAGGAAUUAGGGGCCAAAAGGGGGCAAAAUACAAGCAUUUUUCUAGUUUCAGGACAAUAACUUGUAUGAAAGUGUAUGGAUCUUUUUGAAAAUGUA